CCAGUGUCGGCGGCGCUCGCCUGCUGCUGAGUACACAAUCCAACAUGGAGUAACGAGAGAAGGGGCUCCUCACCGAGAACAGCGCGCAGUCUUCAGGCACGGCGAGCGACGCGAGGAGAAAAAGCAUCGAUGCAACCAUUGGCAUGAUGCAUAAAGGCUGGAUUUCAGGCUCUUUAACGAGAUGCAUUGCAACCAGUGAGGAAUAAAAUGCACUGCGCGGAGAAACAACGAAAAUAAGGCAACGCUGAAACGGAUUUGGGGUGAAACUCGUCGCUGCGCUGGACUUUAAAAAAAAAGAAAAAAAAAAAAGAGGCGAGGUAGAAAACCGAGACGACAUGAAGCCUGAACGCCGCGCGCCCGCUGUGGGAUAUUAUUAUUACUGUAGGUGAAACGAGGGGGAAAAUGACUGAGGAAUCACACCCAGACGAUGACAGUUAUAUAGUGCGAGUGAAAGCGGUGGUCAUGACGCGGGACGAGUCUAGCGGGGGCUGGCUGGCACAGGAGGGCGGUGGUCUCAGUCGAGUGGGCGUCUGUAAGGUGGUCCCGGCUGAUCUGGAGCUUCUGGGACGGAACGGCUUCCACAUCUACGGAGAGAGACUCAAAGAUAAGCAGGUGAUACUGCAGUGCUGUCUGAAGAAGGAUCUGGUGUACACUAAAGCCACGCCCACUUUCCAUCAUUGGAGAGUUGACAACAGGAAGUGUGGACUGUCGUUCCAGAGUCCUGCAGACGCACGAGCGUUUGAUCGCGGUGUGAGGAAGGCAAUCGAGGACCUCACAGAGGGCUCCACGACUUCUUCGUCUACGCUGCAGAAUGAGGCGGAGCUUGGUGAUGACGACGUUUUCACGAAUGCCACCGACAGCUCGUCCAACUCUUCUCAGAAGAGAGAACCAUCAAUGCAGAUGCUUGCACCAAUCAGCUUCUCCGAGCCCCACCAUUGCAUUCUGGGACAUUUAUUUGACCAGCACAGACACUCUGACCGUUACUAUCUGGACCAGACGGUGCCCAUAUUCCCUUGUCCACGUCAUGUACGAUUCCAUGAGGAGGAGGAGGAGAUCGUGCGGAUUAACCCACGUGAACGCUCUUGGCUAACGGGCUAUGAGGACUACCGCCAUGCUACCACGACGACACGUGGCAAACCUCUGCGACCCGACUCCACAGAUGCUUACGUUCACCUCGCUAAGAGCGAACCAGCAAAACACGACUACACUUACACUUACCCACUCAGUGGGGAUGGACACACAACCCGCGACGUCAAAACGGGCAUCGGCGGUGGGGUAGUCACUGGGCAGCCGCAGGCGCUAACAACUAAAUGGCUGCCACGUCGUGUGGAGGACAGCAGAGAGCGCUUGCGGUGCGUUUACUGCCAGAACAUGUUCAGUCCCAUUGAAAAUGGGCGCGGUCGCUGUCAGGAAGCUCCGGACCCCGUGCAAACAUGCAUUCGGCGGGUUAGCUUCAUGUGGUGCGCGGACAGCUUGCUCUACCAUUGUAUGUCUGACCCUGAGGGCGACUACUCGGACCCGUGCUCCUGCGACGCCAGCGAAGAACGGUUCUGCCUGCGCUGGCUAGCACUCCUGGGACUGUCGCUGCUAGCACCCUGCAUGUGCUGUUAUGCGCCACUGCGAGCGUGCUACCACUGUGGCGUCGCGUGCCACUGCUGCGGCGGCAAGCACAAAGCCGUGGGGUGAACGGCAGUACAUGAACAUACCAGCAGCUGGGAAAAAUGUGCAAAACGCAAAUGAGACGCAUUUGUGUUUUCGCGCCAUCUUUGUCCCCUUCCCGCUGAGUUUCAGAGGGUUGGUCCAUUUAUAUAUUUCUUUUCUCAAUUUAAUUGUGCUGGACAGCUGUCCUGGUUUUUGUUAAUUCAGUUUUUACUUUAUUUGUUUUUAAAAGAGUAACCCUCAGCUUCCAUUUAAAAGACUACACGAUAAAUAUUCAUUUAUAUAUGAAAAGUAUAUAUAAAUAUAUGUAGAUAUAAAUAUAUAAAUCCAGGUACUUUAUAUUUUUAUGCUUAUGUGCUUUGAAGGUUUGAGUUAUCUUCCCUUUGAUCUUGUCUGUGCUUUUGUUUGUCUUAUAUUAUUUUCGUUUUCCUGUCCAACAUCGUUAUGUCUCUCCAAUCAGAGGCGUCUCUUCUACUGUGAUCCUGUCCCUCUAGACAAGGCAAACCCAGAGGUAUCCAAAAUAACUGACCUGUAGGGUGGUGCGUGUGUGUGAGUGUAUGUGAGUGUGUGUGUGUGCGUGUGCACGCGUGUGUGAGUGUAUGUGCGUGUGCGCGCGUGUGUAUGUGUGCGUGUGCGCGCACGCGUGUGUGAGUGUGUGUGUGAGUGUAUGCGUGUGUGCGCGCGUGUGUGUGUGUGCGAGUGCGCGCGCGUGUUUGAGUGUGUGUGUGCGCGCGUGCGUGUGAGAGUGUGAGUUUUCUUUUUUGUUUUUGGCCCUAUUUGCCACUAUUAAUAUUAUUAAAUGGGAAACACAUUUCUGCCCAAAUGUAAAGUUUUUUUUUUCUUUUUUCUUAAGGAUAAUGAAGCAUAUUUUGUUGCAUUGUGACAUUAUUUUCAUGACAAUUAAGCACAUUUCCCCCCAAAAUUCUCAUUAUCGCAAUGUGUCUUGAUGAAGAUUAUUUUAUUUGUAGUUUGACAAUAAUUCUAAAAUGUAUUAAAAAAAAAUAUUAUUUAAAAAAAGCCUAGCUUUUAAGGAGUACGAAAAUAGUACCAUGAUGUAUGAAAUACAAUAAUAAAAAAGCAAUAUUUUUUUUUCUUCACAUUACAGUAGUUAAUAAUAUUGGUAAUACGGUAAUAAGAAUUAGGGUGGAAAUUUGCAUAAUUUGAAUAUAAUGCGAAAUACAAUUUUUAUAAAAAAUUUUAAUUUUUUUAAUUAAGUAAAAUACUUUGUUUUGGGGUAAAAUAUGACCUGGAUAUCUUCUUGACAGGUUUGUGAGACUCGCCCAUGUGUUAUGUAGAAUGAAUGUGUCUCUUAUCCAUAUUUUGAAAUGAAAACCAGCCUCAAAAUUGACGUACUCUUCCUACAGGAUGAAAUACAAGAUGUCUUUUUCUCUGCCUUUGUCUUAAGCACAACACAAACUUGUAAAACUAACAAAACAACCAUCUGAACACUGUGCAAGUUGUUGUGAAGUUCUCAAAAUAUUUCCAAUUGCUGGCCUCUCAGUAUCAUCCUUCAAAAAAUCAUCGAGCCAAUCGGUGGACUCUGACAGCAUUGUCAUCAUGAAGACUGUGAUCCUGUUUGUCAGCUGAUGUUUUAUGUCCUCUCUCUUUCUCUCUCUCUUUGUCUAUAUCCUCUCUUUCCCUCUCUUCCUGUGAAACGCUUUUGCAGUAGUACUAUCUAUCUGAUGUGUGAAAAAAGAGGAGCAGUUUUAUUUUUGUAUCAAUGUGCAGGAGAGUUAUCUGUCUGUCUGAUGCUCCUGAACACAUUCUGAGAUUAAAGGAAAGUGCCUGAAUCAGCCAUUGCGGUUUCACUCCUUCUGUGCAUCUCCAAAUCAUUGCCGUUACUGUUACCUUCAUGCACUUAUUUAUUCAGCUUAAUGCCAAGAACAGGGUUCCCAUAGGGAUGGAAAAUUAGGAAUUAUCAGUGAAUGUUUUCAGUUGUGUAUUCCAGCCAUGUUGUGAUUGAAUCGUUCUUUGAGUUGGUUGAAACAAUUCUCAAAUCAGUCUAAAUGAUUCAUUACUCAAUCAAUUUGAAUCAAAAUGAUUUUCCAAAUCUGUAUCCUGUAAUCACAAAAGAUGGAAAAGUUCAUUGUAAAAUCAUCAAAUUUCAUUGGUCAAAAAGUGUGUAAACUGUGAAAGAAGCAUUUGGGACUCAUGUCUGGGACAUGGACGUCUUAAGUACAAAUGUUGUUAUAAUCGGAUACUAUGCAAUGAAACAACAAUCGUUAAAUCCCACUUUUUCAUGUUAAUCAACAUGUUUUUACAAGUGUGACUUGUCAAGAUGAUCUAAAAAUCUCAUACAUUGUCUUGAUCAAGAAAUUGAUUUUAAGCAGUUAAAUAUAAAUAAAAUAUAAAA